AAGUGCAAUUAGAAGUGAGAUAGAAUUUAUUCAUGUUAGAAGACAGUGACUCAGUGAGUGCAUCAAAUUAAAUCGCCAUAGAAAAUCCCAGACAGCGACCACCGAGCACUCGCGCAAACUUCCACCGCUUGCAAUGAACCCGUCUGCACUGAUCUUCAGCGCCGCCGCACUGGCUCUGCUCUCAGUCUUAUGGGCUUUCAACUCCCAGAUUGUCUUUACCCCGCCCACUAUCCCGGGCUCCCAAGACCUCCUCACCAACGCCGAUAUUGUCCCCGUCCCCGCCGCCCUUGGACCGGAAAGUAUUGCCUUUGACCCUAACGGAGACGGUCCCUACGCCGGAGUUGCCGACGGCCGGAUUCUCAAGUGGGAACCCGGUGCAGAUGGAAUAAGUGGUGGCCGUUGGAUCGAUUUUGCUGUCACCUCCUCUCAAAGGAAGGAUUGUGUUCGGCCAUUUGCUCCUGAAAUGGAGCACAUAUGUGGAAGGCCACUGGGGUUGCGGUUCGAUAAGAAAACUGGAGAUUUGUACAUUGCUGAUGCCUACUUGGGCCUACAUGUAGUGGGGCGGACUGGAGGAUCCACCACGCCACUGGUUAAAGAAGUUGACGGUCAACCUCUCCUCUUUACCAAUGACAUGGACAUUGAUGAGGAUGAGGAUGCCAUUUAUUUCACGGAUACAAGCACGAAAUUUCAGCGGAGGCAAUUUAUUGCAUCGGUUGUAAGUGGAGACAGGACAGGCAGACUGAUGAAAUACGACAGGUCAACCAAAGAAGUGACAGUUCUAAUUGAAGGCAUCGCUUUCGCCAAUGGUGUAGCGUUGAGCAAAGACCGGUCCUUUGUACUCGUAGCUGAAACUUCUACGGGUAGAGUGUUAAGAUACUGGCUCAAAGGACCUGAAGCUGGAAACCACAGUACUUUUGCUGUUGUACCGGGAUUUCCAGACAACAUCAGGAAGAACUCAAGAGGACAAUUCUGGGUUGCUUUACAUGCCAAAAAAGGACCUCUAGCCCACUUGCUCGUAUCCAAUCCAUGGCUUGGAAAGACGCUGUUAAAGCUCCCGUUCAACUUCAAGCAACUGCACCACUUACUAGUGGGGAAGCCUCAUGCAUCUGCAAUCAAGCUCGGGGAGGACGGGGAAGUUGUGGAGGUGUUGGAGGACAUCGAAGGCAAGACGUUGAAGUUCAUAAGUGAAGUUGAGGAGCAUGAGGGGAAGUUGUGGAUUGGAUCUGUGCUUAUGCCUUUUCUUGGAGUUUAUAUACUGCCUUGAAGUUCUGGCUCUAAGGUGAUGCACCUUGUCAGUUUCUCAAUCGUUAUACCAUGGACUCGGGUCUGCCUUGCAAGGUGGACCCGUCACAGUAGACAAGGGCAUGGGCGAAGCAGCCCAACAUAGUUAAUAAGACGAGAGUGAUUAAACAUAGGUUGUCGGUCUCGUACCGCUUAGUGGCUGAUUGGUUUUGAGGGAUUGCAGUUUUCUUGUGCCAACCAAGCUGCCUUUGAAUCCAUCAUGUUAAAAUCUUUCAUGUUCAGAAAAAUAUAAUUAAUAUUUUCAUGCUAAAUAAGACUUUUUCUGUCUGUUAUUUUCUUUUAGGGAAAAAUGAUAAUUUGAGUCUUGAAUUAUAGGGCA